AUGAAUGCGCAAUUGCUUCACUAUAAAUUAGAAUAAUUAGAGGUCAAGGGCAGUUCAAAGUUUGAAGUCGUUUUUGCUGCUCCUGAUACUCAACAAGAAUAAUAUUCAAGAUUCACUUUAAGAGCUUGGUGGAUUGUAUUAUAGGCACAUCGAGAUAAACCUUAUGCAACUAGAAUAGAUUUGUAUGAAAGAGCCUUUAAAUACAUUCCAAAUUGCUAUAAAUUAUGGUUCAACUAUUUAAAGGAAUAACUUGAAGAUUUGGGAGGUAGAAGCACAUUUUUGUCGAAUAAAUUUGAGGAGAUGAUUUCGUAUUUUGAAAGAGCUUUGGUCUAUAUGCACAAAAUGCCUAACAUAUGGUUGAUGUAUGCUGAAUAUAGUGCAUCAUUGCAGAAAUACACACAUACUAGAAAUAUUUAUGAUCGAGCCCUUUAAUCAUUACCUGUCACUCAACAUCAUAGAAUUUGGAAGGCGUAUUGCUAAUGGAUAUCGAAAACAGACUCAAUAAAGACCGCAAUUUCAAUUUAUAAUAGAUAUAUUAAGAUAAAUCCUGAUUACAAAGAAGAGUAUUUAGAUUACUUGGUAUCAAAGUAAUUGUGGGGAAAUGCAUGUUAAAUUUUGGUUGAUAUCUUAAAUGAUGAUCAAUUCAAUUCAUCAAGUGGGAAAACCAAAUAUGACUUUAUGAAAUACUUAUGUGAAAUAAUCGCUAGACAUCCUAAUGAUUUGCCCAUAGAUGCAGCAUCAAUAAUGAAGUUUGGAAUCAAGAAAUAUUCAGAUGAGAUUGGUUAAUUGUGGAUCAAAUUGGCAGAUUAUUAUAUUAAAACAGGCCAAUUUGAAUAAGCCAGAGACACAUUUGAAGAUGCUGUUAAUAAUGUACUCACUGUGAAAGAUUUCAGUUUGGUUUUUAAUGCAUAUGUUAAAUAUGAAGAAACAAUAAUCCAAAUGUUGGAAGACUUCGAUGAGAAUGAUGAGAAUCAAGAUGAUAUUGAUGAUACAAUAUUAUCAACUAAAUUGGAUUAAUUAUUAAAAAUAAAGUCAUCACAAGACGAUGAAGUACAAAUAGAAGAUGAGUUAUUAUUAAAAAUGGAUAGAUUGGAUGAACUUUUGGAAAGAAGGCCGAUCCUAUUAAACUCCUGUAUAUUGAGAUAAAAUAAAUAUAAUGUUGAAGAGUGGUUAAAAAGGAUUGAAUUGGUAAAAAGGGAUGAAAGAAUGGCCUUGAAGACUUUCACUGAAGCACUUGAAAUUGUGGAGCCAAAUCUAGCAGAUAAUGGAAAGCUGAGUGACAUCUGGAUAGCCUAUGCCAAAUACUACAGAGACAAAGGAGAUUGGAAGACUUGCAAUUAAAUCUUUUCUAAGGGAUCAAAAAUAGAAUUUAAAAAUAUUGAAGAACAUGUUAACCUCUGGUCUUAAUGGGUUGAAAUUUUACUUUUAGAUGGAUUUGUUAAUGAUUCUCUUUCUGUCAUCAAAUAAGGGUUAUUUAAAAAGUAUGUAAAAAGAUUAGAUAAAAUGACACCAUCUGAAAUGGUACCCUAUUCGUUAUAAUUAUGGUAACUCUAUCUAGAUCUAGAAAGAAAUUUUGGAAAUUUUAAAUCAUUGAGGGCAGCCUAUAAGCGCAUGGUUGAAUUAAAAGUUGUCACUCCAUUCAUUAUUAUUAAUUAUGCUUAACUUCUAGAGGAUAAUGCAUUCUAUGAAGAAUCCUUUAAAGUAUUUGAGGCAGGUGUCUAAUUAUUUGAUUGGCCAGCAUUGUAUGAUUUAUGGAUUGUCUACAUCACUAAAUUCAUAUAAAGAUAUCGAGGAUAAAAAAUUGAAAGAACAAGAAAUUUGUUUGAAACAGUAAUCGAGCAAGUUCCAAAAGAUAAAAAUCGAAUAUUCUAUUUAAUGUAUGGAGAAUUUGAAGAACAGUAUGGAUUAUUAAAUCAUGCCAUUGAAAUAUAUGAUAGAAUGGUAUUUAACGUUGAAUACUAGGACAAAAUGGAAGCUUACAAUAUAUAUAUAGCCAAGGUAGCCUUAUAUCUAGGAAUUACAAAAACCAGACCUGUGUUUGAAAGUGCUAUAGAAAAUUUGUAAGAAGCAGAAUUAAUACAAAUGGGGUUAAGAUUAGCUUAAUUGGAGAGAAAAUUUGGAGAAAUAGAUAGAGCCAGAGCUGUCUACAUACAUAUUUCUUAGUUCAGUGAUCCAAGAUUUGAUGACUUUGGAUUAUGGAAAACUUGGGAGAAUUUUGAAUUGCAUCAUGGAAAUGAAGACACUUAUAAAGAAUUCAGGAGAAUCUCGAAAAGCGUGGUGGCUAAAUUCAGUUUAAUGCCACCAGAUCCAAAAAAGAUUAAAGAAAGAGUCGAGAAAGGACAAUUAGGGCAGCAAUGA